AUGGCGACUCCCCGCGCCCGCAGGGCGACGACGCCCUUCGGCCAGGCGGUGCGCGGCCCGAACCCGUCUCAGAUCGUGGAGAGCACAAUUUUGACCGCCAAUCCCGAAAAUCUGACCCGCCGCGACCCUUCACCCUCCCCCGCGCAGCGUCGAACCCCCGCCGCUCGUCCGAUAUACAGCGACUCGGAGAGCUCCGAGGACGACCUUUGGCGAGCGCCCGCGUCCGUGCUCCUCGUCGACGGCACGCCGGGCCGCGGCGCGAUGCGGGCGGCACGUCAGGCGGAGACGAUGGAGGAGCUCGAGAUCGAUCCUCCGCCCGCGCGAGUCUCGUCGUCGAGCGGUCGCGCGGGACCCUCGCCGCGCUCGACGCCCGGGUACGACCCCGGCUCGGACGACGGCAUGGAAUACGAGGACUCGGACCUGGAGCGCGAGGCUGACGAGUACCGCGCGAUGCUCGUGGGCGCCAGCGGCGGGGGGGGGCGGGUCUUUCGCAACAUCGGCGCAUUCACCACGCCGAAACCGAGGGGCGCCGACGGUUCGUCGUCGAGGCGCGGGUUCAGGGGGCUCUCGCCCGGCGCGUCGUUUGGAAGCGCGGGACCCGUCCGCGGCUCGCUGCAUCGACCGUCGCCGACGUCGAGCGGCGGUGGCGCGCCGAGAGCCGUCGACUUUGAAACGACCGCCGCUCGAGAAGGCGUCGGCGAUGGCGAUGGCCGCGACGGUGGAUACGUCGCCGCCGAGGAGUUCAGCGUCAAGGAGGAGUUCGAGGCCAUCAGGCGCGAGCUGGCGGAGAUCAAGUCCAACAUGAGCAGCCCGGCGACGGCGGCCGCCACCCCGAACGACGGCGGCGGCGGCGGGGGGGUGCAUUUGGACGGAGGAACGCCGGGGCGGGGGGAGUAUCCGCACGGACCUCACCGGGCAUCCGUCGGAUCGUUCGGCGGCUCUGUGGCUCGAGACGUUCACAGCGGCGGGGGCGUCGUCAGGCAGCAGCAGCAGCAGCAGCAGCAGCAGCAGCAGCAGCGCCGCGAUAGCAACGCCUCGACGGACGGCGGUGGGAAAAGGGGCGGGUCCGGGCACGUCGGGUCGCAUCGAAGCGCCGGGUCGUCCAAAACGUCGGCGCGCCACCGAUCGGGUCGGAAGGUGUCGUCGGAGGCGACGGGUACGGGCCGCCUCCUCUUCGGGGACGACGACGGGGACAGGUCGGGGGGCGUUGGCGGGGAGCCGGCGUCUGCGGCGCGUGAGCCCGGCGUGGGCGCCGACGACAGUGUCCGGAGACGCGGCAGAGAGUCGGGCGCCGUCAAUCGGAGACACUCAACCGGAGAAGACGAAGCCCCGGGAUCCAACGAUUCGUCGCUCAAUAGGCACGGGGGCAGCGGGCCCGGGUCUAACGAGUCGUCGUUCAGGCACGGCGCGUCGUUCGAUCGAACCCGGUCGCAGUCCCCGCGCGAGUCCACGCGCGUGAGGGCGACGACGCGGGAGACGGCGGUCAACACGGACCGGUCGGAGGCGGAGGAGGGCGGGGGCGUCCCCGGGCGGAGUCCGUUUCCGGCGGAGGAGUCGCCGAGUCGGAAAUCCGCCGGAAGGGAGGUCUCAGGCGGCGAGUCCGUCGUCGUGUCGGCGCUGCGCCUCUUCGCGUUGAUUCUCCUGCUGGUCGGGACGUGGUACAUGGUGCUCGUCAUCGUCGACGUCAUCGAGGAGGACUUCUUGUCCGGCAGGCUGCCGCGGUCUAACCUGUUCCUGGACUCGCUGACCUCGCUGACGCGGACGCCGCUCGAGUUUCUCACCGGUAAACGCUCCUGGGACGGGCUCGACGACGACCCGCCGUUCGCCGCCCCGACUUGA